AGAGAAGGCAUGGAAGCUCACCAACCUCCAUCUUCUGCUACUCAAGGUGCUGGUACUGGUGUCGAAAAGAUGCUUGAAAGUCUACCCUCCAUGAUUGCGGGAGUAUGGUCAGAUGAAAGAGAGUUUCAGCUUGACGCGACUACCCAGUUUCAGAAACUACUAUCAGAACUAAGUCCUCCGAUCGAGGAAGUUAUUCAAUCGGGUGUUGUUCCUAAAUUUGUGGAAUUUCUAAAGAUAGAAGAUUACCCACAAAUACAGUUUGAGGCAGCUUGGGCUCUCACAAACAUUGCAUCGGGAACCUUAGAUCACGUUAGGGUCGUAAUUGAGAGUGGAGCAGUUCCUAUUAUUGUCAGACUUCUUGGAUCUCCAUGUGAUGAUGUUCGCGAACAGGCUGUCUGGGCACUUGGGAAUAUUGCUGGAGAUUCCCCCAAAAGUAGAGAUCUUGUUCUUGGACAAGGGGCUUUGAUUCCGUUGCUUCAACAGGUGAAUGAGCAUGCCAAACUUUCUAUGCUUAGAAUUUCCACAUGGACUUUGUCAAGAUUCUGUAAGGGAAAGCCUGGGCCUCCUUUUGAACAGAUAAGACCUGUUCUACCAGCGCUUGAGCGUCUCAUUCAUUCAACAGAUGAGGAAGUUAUGACAGAUGCUUGUUUGGCCUUAUCAUAUUUGUCUAAUGGUACGAAUGACAAAAUUCAAGCUGUUGUUGAUGCUAAUGUCUGUCCACGUCUUGGGGAGCUUCUAAUGCAUCCUUACCCUUCAGUGGUCAUCCCUACGCUUCGCACUGUUGGAAAUAUUUGUACUGGUAAUGAUAUGCAGACACAGAUCAUUAUCAACCAUCAAUUACUUCCCUGCCUUCUGAACUUGCUUACGAACAAUCACAAGCAAAGCAUCAGGAAGGAAGCAUGUUGGACCGUUUCAAACAUUACAGCCGGGAACAAGGAUCAGAUACAGGCCGUCAUUGUAGCUGAAAUCAUAGGCCCUCUGGUACAUCUGCUUCAAACUGCUGAAUUUGAUAUAAAGAAAGACGCUGCAUGGGCUAUCUCUAAUGCUAUUUCUGGUGGCACUGAUGAACAAAUCAAGUAUCUGGUUGGCCAGGGUUGCAUCAGACCACUGUGUGAUCUGCUCGUUUGUCCUGGAGCUUGUCCUGACCCAAGAAUUGUGACAGUUUGUUUAAAAGGUUUAGAGAAUAUAUUAAAGGUCGGGGAAGCUGAGAAGAACUUAGGUACUACUGGUGGUGUAAAUGUAUAUGCACAGUUGAUUGAUGAAGCUGAAGGGUUAGAGAAGAUGAAAAAUCUAAAGAGUCAUGACAACACAGAGAUUAAUGAGAAGGCAGUGAAGAUUGUUGAGACUUACUGGAUGGAAGAUGAUGAUGAGCCAUUGCCCCCUGGUGACGCAGCUGCUGCUGCUGGCCCAUCUGAGGAGAGAGAGCUUGUUUCCCAGUUGAAAAGACUAAUUCCUGAAAAACCUUCUGAAAAUACAAAUGGCAUGGAAACCCAAGCUGAAGGGGAGAGAGCUCAGUUAGAACAACCAGAAACAGGAGUAACGGUGGGGCCAUCUGGGUUCUGGUUUCCAGUUUUAAAGAAGUUGAAAACAUGGUUUUGUCCGUCUUCUUCGUAG